AUGAUUUCGUUGUAAACUAGUGGAUUCAGUUUUCAUAAAUGAUUUUGGUUUCAAAUUCACAUUAAUAAUACCACCCCUAAACCUUGGUUUUGUUAUUUUUGGUAACCAUUUGAGACGGUAGGCAAGUUAACAUUUUAAAGGGCCGAAAAGACUUGGCCCUAAGUCCAUAUCCGUCUCCAAGCGCUACUCCAUACUUUCUUCUGAGUCUCCGAUCGUCGUUGCAGCGGCCCAGAACUCCGCAAGUGCAUUCAAAUUCAGAUCAGCAGCCAUUUGUGUAUCAGAACCAACUUCUUUUGCUCCUGGUGUCUCUCUGACGUAAUUCCAGCUGUGUAGGAAUUACAGAGAAAUUUGGGCAAUUUGGAACAGAGGCUUCCACUUUAGGUGUCGAAGGUUGAGUCUCUGUUUCUUGGCUUGUAACUCGUCAGAAAGCGGCUGCUGCUAAGCAUUUGAUGGCGAAUCACUAUAAGAACCAACUCCGAGGCUUUCAAGGUCGUAAAGAGAGGGUUUUUGAGGCAAUCCAUAUAUUUUCUUGAAGAGGAACCAACAAAGGUUAUAAUUUCCAAGACUCUUAAAAGGUCAUAACUUCUACCAAUAGUCAGGAAAAAUAUUACAGAAUCAUGGAUGUCGAUGAAGUAUUGGCAUCUUCUAUUGAAGCAAAGCUUCUUCCCAAGCCUCCAUCGUCCUCUCGAGCUUGUAUCUUCAAAGUUCCCCAUGUACUCUCUAGCCAAAGUGAAGGUGCUUUUGCACCUAAUAAAGUUUCAAUUGGCCCCUUUCACCAUGGUCAUGAAAACCUGAAGAGCAUGGAAGAAUUCAAACUUUGGUAUUUGCAUGGCCUUCUCUCUCGUGCCCCAACUCCACAGACAAGUUUAAAGAUAUUCACCAAAGCCAUUCGGCAGUUGGAGGAACGUGCACGUGAGUGUUAUGCAGAACAGUUGAUCGACCUUGACACAGAUGAAUUCGAGGAGAUGAUGUUAGUUGAUGGUUGUUUCAUCUUAGAACUUUUCCGCAAGAAAGCAAAUGGCAUAGGAGGACUUCAAAGAGAUGAUCCCAUAUCCAGUACACUUUGGAUGGACACUUUCUUGAGAGUUGACUUGAUGUUGCUUGAGAACCAAAUCCCAUGGUUUGUUCUUGAAUGUCUAUUCAACCUCACUGAGCCUCCCAUACAAAGAAGCCCAUCCCUAGCCGAGCUUGCACUUGGUUUCUUUGAUACUAUGAUGCCAAUGAUAGAUCCUGCCAAAUCGAGCUCUAGACAUGAAAUGAAGCAUUUACUUGACUUGCUGUGGAACAACAUUAUUUCAGCUUCUGCAGAUUUGGAGGUGAGUCAGGUCACAUUGGAGAAUGAAUAUUGGGAAGUGAUUCCUAAAGUGACAGACGUUGUAGAGGCUGGAGUCAAAUUUAGGAAGGGCAACCCUGAAGAAAUACUGAAUAUAAGAUUCAAGGAUUGGGUAAUGGAUAUUCCUCCAUUGCUAAUUCAGGGAAGCACAGAAUGUCUCUUUCGGAACCUCAUUGCUUAUGAGCAGUGUUCUUAUUUCCUCCCUAGCAGGAUCACAUCUUAUGUUAUGCUUUUGAACCGUCUCAUUAAUCACUCAUCAAAGGAUGUGCAGUUACUAAGGGACCAAGGUAUAUUAGAGAAGCGUUUGAGCACUGCAGAAGAUGGGUCCCUUUUCUUUAGCAGGGUUUUGAAAGGUAUUAUUCUCCACAAGUUCUAUUAUGUGGGAAUUUACCAGAUAGUGAAUGCUUAUUAUCGAACUAGUCGGCAUAAGCGGCAAGCAACACUAAAGCGUGACUACUUCAACAAUCCACUGACAAUAAUUUGCCUCAUCAUUGUUAUUGCACUGCUACUUCUUAAUGCCUUCAUGCGAACCUUAUUCAUUAUCCUAAGUGACCAUUAGUUUCUUGUCACACAUUUGAUAUGUUAUGCAAUUUAAUGCCCAGUUGUGCAAUACAGACUGCAAAUAAAUAUGUAAUCUAGAUAUUCCGGAUUUUCAACUAUCUGUUUGCAUUUUGACUUGUGUAAUCAGGACCUUUUUCCUUAAGGUGAAUACAAUUUGCUCUCAAUCCAUAUCUCUUAAUUGUCUUGACCCA